UGUCGACAAACUGAGGAGGCUCCUCCUCAACAACAGUUCCCGACCUCCGACGAGAACUCACAGCUGCCACAUUGAAGAGGAACAAAAAGGCGACCUGACAGCGGUUUUUGCACUCCCUCCGCUUUCUCCGGGGUAGUCACGGGAUUUCAAUGUUCAGCCUGCGCUUUGGUUUCUGUGUUUACUUGAGCCGUACCUAUAUGGCGUGUGUGAGCGGAGAAUUUUGCCAGGCACAGCACCUCACCUCUGUGGAGAAGUGAAUCGGCCGCCCCCCGAGGGACUACGCUACCCAGAAACCCCCCUGACUGCCAGCACACUAGGAACUGCAGGCUCUUCCAAAGGCUCCCCCGGGAUAUUGCGUAGUCCUUGGCCUGACUGCCCUGCCCUGUCCCAACCAAUACGAAAAAUCUUUGCUUUCUACUUUCUCCUCGAACAGCCAAUCACAAACAGCUCUCCUGAAUGGGCCGUCUCGCCAACAUGAACCGCCCCGCUGCAGUCGAGAUUGCCUACGAGUGCAUGAGGUUCCUCAUCACCCACAACCCCACCAAUGCCACGCUUAACAAGUUCACCGAGGAACUGAAAAAGUUUGAGGUGAACACACUGGUGAGAGUUUGUGAUGCCACCUAUGAUAAGGCCCCUGUAGAGAAGGAGGGGAUACAGGUCUUGGACUGGCCAUUCGAUGAUGGUGCCCCUCCUCCAACCCAGAUCGUGGACAACUGGCUCAAGCUGCUCAACACCAAGUUUCGAGAGGAGCCUGGCUGCUGCAUCGCUGUGCAUUGUGUGGCAGGGCUUGGCCGAGCUCCAGUCUUGGUGGCCUUAGCCCUCAUUGAGUGUGGGAUGAAGUAUGAAGAUGCUGUGCAGUUCAUAAGGCAGAAGAGACGUGGAGCCUUCAACUCCAAACAGCUUCUUUACCUCGAGAAAUACAGACCCAAAAUGCGUCUGCGGUUCAAGGAUACCAACGGCCACAACUGCUGUGUGCAGUAGGUUGUCUGUCAGUGCAUCGUUCUUAUGCCGCAUAUAGUGGGGAAUCUUCCAAUACGGAGAGAUUUAAAAAAAAAAAAAAUGAAGAGAGUGCUAUCAGUAAUUAUUGUGAUGAUUUGUUAACACUGAGUCAUGGUUAAUUGAUCCGAGAGCAAGCGAGUGAUCGACUGAAUGAAUCCAGAUCUGGGGAUCCACCAGCUGAACCAAUGAAUGGAAGGUCAAAGCACACAGAUAGGCCCGCCUCCCGGUUAUACUGUACAACCACGGGCCAGAUUUUUUUUCAACUUGAGUCCAUCCUGUGUCCUUUUUUUUUUUUUUUUGUUUUCAGUUGUAAUCAUGGGAUACCAUUUUCCAUUUUGUUUUUUUAUUUUUACACAAACAGUGGUGAUGAAAAGAUGUAAAGUUAAAUGAUAUUCUGAUUUUUAUUUCCACUAAUUAUUGAUAUUAUGAUUAGGCCAGAAUAAUGUACCUUUUAAAAAAACAUUUUUAAACUUUGAACACAUAUUGUGAUUGUCCAUUUUGGUAUUGGGUGUUUUCGUUUUGUUUUUCUUUUUUUUUUUGCACAAAAACUCAAAGGUUCACCUGAACAUGCAGUAAUGUUUUCCUUUUACCCUUCACUUGCUUAAAGUCACUUUCAGUUUAGGAGUUCACUGAGUUUGAAUAUGUCUGCAAUAUUUAUUCACAAGAUAUGCUAUGUGUGGCAGUUAUGAGUUUGGCAGGGGCAAGGACACUUUGUUAUCCAAUAGUUUUUUGGGGUUUUUUUUGCCUUCGAGAGCCAUGUUGUUGUUUUUUUUUUUUUAAAUCUUGUUGGAGUGCAAUAAUCAGUCCACCUCAGAUAAGCCCACCAAACCCUGCUGAACAUCCCACACACAUACACACACAUUUCAGACACUCAUCUAAGCAGUUAAACAGGAAAAACAAAACUUAACUCCUACAACAGGUACUUCUCCUGCUUUUAUUCAUUCUCCCUAAUGGAGCUACAAUAGGAUUUCCCUAAGUAUGCAUAUUUAAACUCAUACACACAGAGCCUAAGAUCCAAUCUGCAAGACAAGGUGGAGAAGAAUGAAAUGGUCAGUUUUUUAUCAUUGUACCCAUUUUGAAAACAUCCCCAAUUCGUAUUGGUUCUUACAAGACAAAUAAAUUGAAAUAAAAAGCA